GACAUUCACCCGCUCGCUCCUCCCCCAAUUUGACGUAAUUAAUUAACUGUCCCUAACUGAACCAAUACAGAAUAUGAGCGACAGCAGCAAGUUGCAGGCGUAAGACCACGCCCCUAGAUUUACUGUCCAAUCACAUCGCUAUACGUCUUCCAGCAGGGUUCCUUAUUUCCGCUGUUCAGAGACCACAAUUCCCGGCAGAUCUGUGGGUGGCGGCCACUAGCGCGCAUGCGCUGUCUGUGUCUUGGCUCGGUUCCGGUGUCAGCUCCGAUGUCUUGUUCGUCGCUUUCGUCCUGUCUGUCUCGGCUGUCGGCGGCGGUGGAGGACCCAGGAGGCCUGGGAAGGACGCUGAGUGAACUGCGCAGUCGCCAUGUGACCAGGGCGGGGGGCGCCGUGCUGUUCCGGAGGCGGGGCGGCCUGGCUCUCCUCCUCGCGCUGCUGACGGAUCCCGCGCGGGCUGAAGUCCUGGGGAGCUCCAGACGGAACCUGGAACUGGCGCUCAGUCUGCUGGCCAAUAGCUGCACGGAGGCGGGGAGCCGCACCCAGGUGCGGCAGCUCGGUGGUAUUCCGGCCUUGGUUUGCAUCCUGCAGUCUGUGUGUAUUGAUUCCAUCUGGAACAGGGUCUCCCGUGCUCUGGGAAACUUGGCUUUGGACGCACACAACAAUACAAUCAUCCACAAGUCAGGUGCAGUGUCUACUUUAGUGCAAAUCUUACAAAGUUCCCAAGAUGGUGGCUGUGUGCAGAGCUGCCUGCGAGCUCUCCGUAUCAUGGGGGAUAGUCUGGCACACAGACUUUCUAUCUGUCAGCAGGGGGGCCUUGCACCUUGUGUCCACAUGCUGACCUCUCCAGACCCUGAUGUAGUGUGCGCGGCGGUGCGUGCCGUGUGUGAGCUGAGCAGAGGCUGUUCUCUGGACUGUGCAGAGCAGCUGAGCCUUGCUGUACCCACCCUGGUGGCACUCGCCAAUGGAGGAGACGUAAAAGCCACUGUGCGCCUGGCUGCUCUGGGAACCCUCUCUAAUCUUUGUAAUCAGGGAGCCUUACGACCCCUGCUUGGUAAUGCUGGCACUAUCGAGCUCCUCAUAGCUGAAAUCAAGGUGCUGCUAGAGACGCCAGCGCGGAGCUUUCCUCUUGUCAGAUCGCUGUGUUUGUGCUGCCGGGAAGCACUGAAUCGUCGAAGAGUCCGAGAAUUGGGGGGAUUGGAACUACUUCUGGAUCUUCUGCGCAAACCUCUCUAUCAAUCGGUUCACCACAAGAUAACCAAUGCCUUUCUGCACUACUGCCAUGACACUACUGCCCUCACCAUCCUUGGCUCUGGCGGUCUUGCACCUCUGUUGGCAAAAAGAUUAGAGGAAGUGGUGUGGACUACAGAAGAGCAAGGAGCCUCAUGCUACACAAGAGCGGCAGCGGACCCUGAGGAGGAUCCGGGAUCUGCUUCUUUUGAUUUCCCAACAGAGCCCAAAAAGAGUAGAGAAGAAGGAGGAACGUCGGAGCAGAGCAUGAAAGCUUGGCUGCUGUCGGAGGAGUACUUUAGCAGUUUGGAUGAGCUUCCACCGGACUGGCUCCUGGAGAGAGAGAUCCGAGACGUCUCAUCUGGAGAGUCCAGUAACAGAAACCCUUCUGAUGCUUUCGGCACUUUGCCUUCUUCACUGGAGAAAGCCCCUAAACCGCCCGGACUGGAGAAGCGGGCACCAGUAACUUUGACCAGCUUUCAUUUUUCUCACACACAGUGUCAGUCCCCAAUGCAAGAAAUCCUGGGAUCGCAGUGGCCACUGGGCCCCAGGUCUCCCCUAUCUGAGGUUUUGGGCCCGGAGUUUCCAGUUCUGCUUCUUUUGUCUCGUUUUUCUCACUUGUCUGAUUCAAGCUCUUUGGUCUCUCAUCCAGUAUUAGAGGGUCUAUUGACUUAUGUCACUUGCCACCCACAACCUUCUAGUCGUGCGGCGCGGCUGCUGCAGCGCCUGACCUGUGACCCCUCAUGCCUGGAAGCAUUUAUUAGAACUGGAAGUAUCUGUACCCUUAGAACCAGACUGCUCCUGAGUGAGUGGCCGGAGGGAGACGCAGCCCCCAGGAUCCGCCACCCGGAAAAGGCAAAAGAACUUGGUCAUGCACUUCUUCGCAAUCUUCGCAUUCAAGCUGAGUCGCCCUUUGGAGUUGGGAUAAUUACCCACAUGUUGGUGUCUGGAACAUCAAGUGAGAGACAACAGUGCACCCUCUGCCUGCCCUUUAUUAACCGGAACCCCUCUCGUCAUCGGCAGAAGCUGUUUGGUGGAGCUCUUCAGCUGGUUUUGGAAACGUUAAUGUGUUCUGUGGAUCCUGCUUAUGUCUUCCAUGCAUCAGAAUGCCUUUCGUCUUUAUCAACUCCUUGGGAUUAUUCGGUCCCUGGCGCAUCUCCUUCCUUAACCUCCCCAAAAUGCUAUUACCUGGAGCUACUGUCUCAGGGCCAAGGAGAUCUAGUAUUUGUCUUAGAUGGAGGACACCGUGUAGGGGGUAAUAGAGAGGUGGUCUCUAGUAAAUGUGACGUAUUCAGAGCUAUGCUGCAAGGUGGCUAUGCUGAAUCCCAGCAGCAGGAAGUCCAUGUGCGUGAGGUUCCAUCCUGUGCCUUCCUACCACUGCUCCACUACCUUCAUGGCUGCUCCCAAGAAUGUCAGUGUCCUGUUUUGCAGGGACUAAGAACUGUGUCAGGAGACGAGCUGGUCCAGUCUCCCGUAGCAUACACCUUGGCUGCAGCGGGCAGAUUUCUCUUACCUGGCCUACAAAGUUUGCUGGAAAAUUCAGUCCGUGACUGUAUGUUAAGUCUGGAGAGUCUGCCCUUUGUCUACAACUUUGCAGAGACUUAUGAAAGUGCCCAACUCAGAAGAGACUGCUGUUCAUACCUUUUGAGAAGGCCUCACCCCCCACAAAAGAGGGCACUUGCUCUUCACCAGUUAUGUGAAAAGGCUCAAGACAAGCAGCAGCUUUCCCGUCUCCUAGAAGACCUUGUUCAAGAUGAAAACUAAGACUAAAAGCCCAAUUACAUGACCGUAUAUAUUUGCGUCCACAUCCGUUACGCAAUAUUGGAACACUGUGCUGUCCACAUCCGUACUUCCGUUCUACGGCUCCGCAAAAAAGAACAUGUCCUAUUCUUGUUUUGCGGACAUGAAUGGGCAUUUCUAUCAUAGGGCUGGUUGUUCUGUUCCACAAAAUGCGCAACACACGGCUGGUAUCCUUGUUUUGCGGAACGCAAAACUGAUUCAGUCGUCGAAUGAGCCCUAAACGUAAUUCCACACACCGUGCCUUGGCUAGCCUGACUCUUCCACUCCUCUCGACUGCUCCGUCACUUGCUGUAGCCCACAUUGGGUGUAGAAUAAAUCUUCUACCGUACGUUG